AUGAGGGAUGCGAUACCUGCGAGGGUGAAGUUGGAAAUAACCCUAGUAUACCUUUCUUCUGGGAUAUCGUAUAGACUGUUGUCGGUAUUUUUCAGAGUUUCAAAAGCAUCCAUCAUUAAAAUAAUACCAGAAGUGUGUGCUGCUAUCAAUGAAAGUCUAAAAGAUUAUAUCAAAAUACCGAAUGUGAAAGAAUGGCAAGAUAUCCAAAUAGGAUUCGCUUCGAGGUGGAAUUUCCCUAAUUGUUGUGGCUCUAUCGAUGGGAAGCAUAUAACAAUUCAAGCACCACCAAAUUGUGGCAGUGAAUAUUAUAACUACAAAGGAACAAAUAGUAUAGUGCUCAUGGCUGUUGUGGAUCACGAUUAUACUUUCAGAUAUGUAGAUAUAGGCUCAUAUGGUCGUAACGCAGAUGGUGGGGUAUUCCAAAACUGCUCUUUGUAUCCUUAUCUAGAAAACAAUUUAUUGUUGCCUGAAAAUGUAUUGUGCUUAAUGACUCUGGGCAAACCAGGCGGUCGGGUGAUAUCCGGAAAUUCGGAGAGUACAGACACAAAGUUGGAACUACCGGCAACGAUGGCUUUGACGCUGGGCUGCUCGACGGAUGCGCAGGAUGCAGGGCAAGAUAAGCCGCCCUACAAAAAUACAUUGACCACCGCCGAAAAGAUUUUUAAUUAUAGGUUGAGCAGAGCAAGAAGGAUUGUGGAGAAUGGGUUCGGCAUUCUAGCAUCUCGUUUUCGUGUUUUGGGAAAGCCAAUUCAAGUUACAGAGGAAACUACGAUAAAGAUCGUCUUAUGUGCUUGUACAUUACACAACUGGUUACGUACUACUGCAUCAAAUACUUAUACACCACCAGGAACUACAGAUUAUGAAGACAUCAUAAACUUUCAAAUCAUUCAGGGCCAGUGGAGGUCCGAAAUUAAUGAAUUACCGAGUAUUCGUCGCUCGAGAAUUAAUAAUAGAUCGAAAUUAAUAGCAGAGAAAAUGCGUGAUAAAUAUAAAAAUUAUUUCAAUGACGACGGAGCAGUUGCAUGGCAAAAUUAUAUGAUUAGGUAA